AUGGGCGGCAUUACGGAUUGCCAUCCGGCUUGGACAGGUGUACGGUACCGAAAGCUCGCACACCACAACAAUCCCACCGACGGAUGUUUGUCUUUUUCCUGUUCCGGUUGCGGCAGCGUGCAAAUGUUACAGGUAACCGACCGCCGCCGACCCCUAUAAUGGCUUCUUCGCCGUCCGCGUUACCGUCCGACCGGGUAGUGUUCCGAAACCUGAUUUUUCGGGACGUAACGCAAAAACGAACGCGUAGUAUGGCCCGGGUAUCUACCGGGACGUAUACCUCUUAAUUCGAAGGGAGGGGGUAGAAACCGUGACGGUCGUAUACAAACACAAUAAUAAUAUUGUACACUCCAGUCAAACGUUCCGCCACACACAUGCAGGAGUUUUUUUUUUUUUUCGUAAAACACCUUAUACACCGUCGCAUUCCGGCAUUACCGAAAAUUUAAUUUUGAUCGAUCGCAUUUGUUUUUUUUUCCGUUUAUUCUACACAACGAAGACCCGGUGGUCACGUGCGUAUAAUUACAAUAUGUAUUACAGAAUGAUAUUGUCCGUCGUCGGGCGCGGGCGGUAGGUGUAUACAGUAGGCACGUCGAACUUACGACACUCGAUAGUUUUCUUCGACUCGUAAUAAUAAAUUGCGCCGCGAUAUUUAUUGGCAAAGGCCGUUACCGCGGUCACCGUCACGUUAUGGGAUUUUCUCCGGCCGUACGUCUUUAUGGACAUGCAUGAAUAAUAGCCGUUCAAACUGCAUCAGCUGUAGAGAGGACGCUACGCUUGCCCGCACGCGACGUCUCCGUGCCACGAACGUGCGACACGGCGAAAUUGGCGUUCGCGCGGUACAGCUGUUUCGACAUUAGAGCAGCGCUCAAAUUGUCCUACAACAUAUUCCAACGACGCGGACAUUGGCCGUGCGACGACGGCGCUAUUUUCACGAUAUUUCGAUUCGUCCAUAUUAUAGAGACGAAUACGCCGAUGUGGAAUAUCGCGAUUCUCUCACCGUUCGGAAAUCAAAACGAAUCGUAAAAAUAUCGCCGUCACACGCGGCAGUGACCGGACGGUGCCGUGAACGUUCCGGGAUUCCGCCGGCCGCGGUUUCUAUUUACACUGCGGGUCAUUGUUUCCAUCCGGCGUUGGGUAUAGCGCAUUUUAUAGCUUAAACUGGGAAAAUUCAGCACCUGCCUGACUAAAAAUCACGGCCGCGAAACGUGAAAAAUAUCGUCCGAAGACAGAAAUCGUGUCACGCGCCGGACGAAUAAAAUCAACGAGCUUAAAUCGGCUUAAACUUCGAGAAUAUUAUUAUUAUUAUUGUAAUUAAGCUCGCAGGCGGAAUCUCGGAACGGUCGCGGCACUGCCGUGUGUAAAAAAGGCCGCCUCGUUCCGUGUAAAUAUCGUUAAAAUGUCUCGCCACAAUAUUCGAUAUCCGCUCUUGCAGCCAACGGCGAAAAGUUCACUGGCCGUCGCGGUUUGUACGCGCAGACGACGGGGAAACGGCGCGGCGCGUCCUCUAGAAUUUCGCCGACGGCCGGGUGUUCUUCUUAUUGAGCGAUUAUUAUUAUCAGCGAGCGUAAUAUUCCGGAUACUCCGAUAAACCGUUUUUCGUACAAAUAUUUGACCGUGCGAACCGGACUUGAAUUUGCAUAUUGUUAAUCCUGCACAGGUCGUCGGGCGUUUUAUUUUUUAUUUUUUAUUUUUUUUUUUUCACAUAUUAUAACUGGUCUGCCGCGCCGCAAAAUCGGUUCGUAUGCGAUUUCGCGCGCGUUCAGCUAUUUUACAAACAAUGCGCACCUACGUGUAUGCUUUCACCGAGCACCGGUGCGGUUUCCGAACGGUAACCCCGUAAUCGCGGUAUCGGGACUAGGAGAUUUCAGAAGCGUACAAAAAAAAAAAGAAAAGAAAAGAAACACAAUUUCUACAAAAAGCCUUUGAGAAAACGCUCGCACUACGGUAUUCCCGUCGCCGUCGUUAUUAUUUAUUAUGCACGUUGUUUUCGCGUUCGGCCACAGCAUACGGCGGUGGAGGGGAGGAGGGGGGGGGCAAAGUAAACCUAAAACGAUUUAUUAUGUACGCGAGUCUAAUAACGACAAGUGCACGAGUGUACGAUGUAAUAUUAAACGGUCUGGGAAAACACGGUUCUUUGGAAAAUAAAAAAAUCCGUCGAGAGUACAGUCCGAUCAAAGUUUGUUCUUGGAACGGUCGCGCGUGUCUCGCAUUAGAGGCCAAUUUGAAAAUGCCGCGAUCAGUGUCCCUAAACUCCGUAACAACAGCCCGGGGGUAAUUUAUCGUUAAAACGGAUAUUGUUUCAAAGUGCGACCCCGUUAAAACAUUACGGUCUUGUCGAAAUAUUAUUAUAAACAGGUAUACGAAGAACACAUCUGCUAAUGUACGAUUUACGAAACGCGUUACAAACAAUCGCGUUUUAUUAUUAAUAUCGUAUUUUGUUAUUAAUAUUUUUUAUAAGCAAUCUUUAUUUUACAGUAGAAUUAUUUUAAUACGUGAAAUUAUACGGGGGGGGAAGGGGAACGCUUCUCAGAUUCCCUAACCAGAUGGUCGUUUGCAGGUUGACUCAUCGUCGCUAUCCGACGACAUUCUUUAUACGUUAUAUAAGCGUCGGAAGUGCCUGUUUAGUACGUAUAUAACUAAACUUUAGUAUCGUACGUUUUUUUAAUUGACGCCUGUUUUUUCUCGUUAUUUAUAGUAUACGCGUACGUUUGUUGUUGUUUUUUUUUUUUUUAUUAUUAUUUGCAUAUAUAUUAUAUAAAAUGUGUAUAAGUGAUUUGAAUUUGUAUUUAAAAAACAACCGAUACUGUUGACGGGCGUGCCGCUGUUAUAAUAGGCGAAAAGAUGGAAGGGCGGGAUUGAAAAAGAAAAAAAAACGCCAAGUGAUGAUUAACCUCGGGUUCAAUAAAUUUCCAAACGUUUCGAACAAAACAAUUUGAUCCGUAUGAAAAUCAAAUAACGUUUUGAACAUUUUAGCAAUAGCUAAUCCGGCAUAAAUUUCGGGAUUAGUUUUAAUCGAAUUCAUAAUGAAAAUAACAGAAACCGAGUGAUUGCGUAAAUUUUCCCGCUUUUCCUAGAUUUUUUGUCUUCGGUUUUUUCCAAAUUGUUAAGAAAACUACAUGGAAAAUCAAAAAAUUACCUACGCAAAACACGGUGUUUAGAGCAAGAUUUCUAGUAGAAAAAUUCAACAGAUACAAAAAAAAAACACACAUCAUUGUAAAAUAUAUAUAUUUCUCGCUGCGCUCGGAGUCUUAAACACGUCGAAAACUCUGGUUUUAAUGUUUUAUAAUAUAUAAUAUAAUAUGCGUACAUAGAGAUCAUUAAUCACGAGUUUUGAAGUAUUCUAUUACAGAUUAUGGAUGUUUUUAUAUACGUUUACUCGUGGAAGAAACUGCAACGUGUGUAUUUUAAUAAUAUAAUCGUAUUAAAAUCGUGACUAGUAUUAAAAAUUAGUUUCGCAUUUUUAUUUUUUUUUUCAUUAACUUCCAUUAAAAUUAAAAACAAUAAUCCUCCGAAGCAGAGUCCGCCUCUUCUACCUCUCACCCCCACCUAGACGCCGAACGUAAUAUCGCCAUAUGUCUGUGAUCCAACAGUUUACUAAGUACCUAUGUAUAUAUAUAAUAAUUUGUAAUGUACGGGUCAACAUAGGUCAUUGUAGUUUAGAAGAGAAAAAUUAAAUAAAAAAAAAAAAAAAAAUCCUCAACAGAAAACCUGUAUCCUCCUGAAAUUCCGAACGGCAGUUGGCUGGCCGGAAGCGUUCCGAGAUAGUGCAAUGCCGUGUAACUUGUGUGAAAUAAACGUCUGCAUUUUGUGAGAAACGAACGCGCGCGCGUAUAGCCCCCGGGCAGUAUUUUAUAAUCACGCCUUUUGUGUAAAAUUAAAAAAAAAAAAAGGAAAAACUUUGAAAUCCGAAGAAUAUUAAAACAAACAUAUAUAGGAUAUUAAAAAUAAAAAAUAAACGCGGCUCACACGGGAAAACAAAGUAUACAUACAUACCUAGAAAUAUGUAUAAUCUACUAUCUGGAAAGCACGAAACGUAAACAGAUGGUCUAUUCGGGAUUAUUUUCUUAUGGCACCCACUGUAAUACGUAUAUAUACGGCGAGAGCUGCAGUAGUUCCGAGGGUGUAAUCUCGAAUACCCGGAGGACAAUUAGAAGAAAAACUGCAUAGUGAUUUAUAUUAUAAACCGGUGGCACGAUAAUAAUAUUUUGAUGGUGAUAAAUUAUAUCGUAACAACCGCGUAGACGAUAAUUCAUAAUAAAAAGUUAUAAAUAAUAAUAUCAAAAAAAAAAAAACAUUUAAUUUGGAGAUUUCAUUUCGACCUAUAGAUUCGUUAAAAUUUUUCAAAAAAAAAAAACAAAUCGGGUAGUAAUUACUUUCUGCGGCGAUAAUAUUGUUGUAAUACACGAGUUUGUUACGCUUUAUUAUUAUUAUUUUUUUUUAUUUUUUUAUGCAACAGUAAAUUAUUAUAAUUUAUAAACGAUUCAUGGACAACACGGAAAAUAUAAUAUCAUAUUUUAACCUAACUUAUUGGUGUAUUCGAUUCUAAACGAAGCGAGAAAUGCACACUGGUUUUUACUAGGUGUAUGACGCGUAUGCUUUGUUUUUGAGAUUUGUUAAUAACUCUUUGGCCCGAAAUCAAUUCCGGUGGUUAAUAUUUUUUCGAUAAUUAUUUAACGUUUCUAUUAUUUUCUUAAUGCUAGGGAAAUACGGGGUAAUAUUUACGCAAUAACCGUUUCUGUGAAUGUCGUUUUUUUUUUGUCAUUUUAAUUCGGUGAAAAAUGCUCAUAGACCUGAAACUUGCACCCGAUACUUGUAUUAUAAUUUUUGAAAACCUUCUGGCAUUUUUUGAGUUAUACAUUUGGCUAUUUGAAGUAUUUCCGAGUUUUUUUUUUUUUAGUUUCACGUUUUUAAACAAAAAUUUAGAUUGAUGUUACUGAUUUGAUUAAUUUAAUUUUCCGCUAGGUCAUAAUAAUUCUAAUUUAAAAAUUUACAAAUUAUAUGGGGGAUUAUUUUUAGUUGUGUAUGGUGUUUGAAAUACGUUUAGAAACCCGGAACUUAGCACUCUCGUAUACAGAGUAGAUUUUUUGUUUUCUCCGCUAAAAUGUAAUAUAAUAGCUACUAUAUAUUGAUAUUCGGUAAAGUAUUAUUUUCAAAACUUAAAUAUUAUAGACAAUAUGAAUAGUAAGAUGUUCGUUUAAUUUAUGAACGAAUUUCACUUUUAAGUAUAAACGUAUAGUACAGAAAAAUAGAAAUGUAGUCAUUGCAAAACAUACUUCUUGUACUAUAAACAUUUAAAAACGUUAAUCGUUUGAUUCAUAUUUCCCAUACAAUAAUUUUUUGUAAUCGGUUACUGCAUAAUAUGUUUUUUUUUUAAACAUGACUAAAAACCGGUUAAUUAUUUUAGAAAACGAUAAUUAUUAUGUUUUAUCAUAGCCCGUAUUAACAAACUACCUAUAUAAAAACUAUUUUUCGUAACACGGAGGGUCGUAAAAAAAAAAAUAGUUUUGUGUUAUGUUAUCAAAGGGUCUCGAGAGAAAAAUUCUCGCGUAUUAUAAUGUCCCGUAGAUUUAAUUGAACGAGUGCCUUUAUGGCAUGUUUAAACAAUUUUCUUUUGUAAUGAACCCCAUAAGAACACACGCACGUCACUCCCUAAAUAAUUUGCUGUGUUACAAACACUAUGCACUCAAACGGGUAUAAUACGCUUAUCAAAACUAAUAAAAACUCAAUAGCUCAAUUAUUGUUCAUAAAAACUAUGCAAGAUGACUGUUGGCCAUUUCUUCAGCGAUUUAAAAUUAUAAUCCAAAACUCCUAAAAAGUGAUAAAAUUCAACCGUUCUGAAAAUGAACAUAGAGAAAAUGUUUUUGUUUUUUUUUUUUUGUGCCUUAUACCGUUUUACCUAAACAAUAUUAUAUAAAACUAAAUAUACACGUAAUACGUAUUUUAUUAUAAAUAUACAAUUUUACCAUGUUUCCAUAAUAAAAAUUUUCUAAGUGAUUUGUAUGAUUUUUGAUUUCGAUUUUUUAUUUUUUUUAUACAUAACUAUCUAAAAUGCGAGUAAGAAAAAUGUACACAUCUAUAACUGGCUUUUAUCCUAAAACCGACGAUUUUGUUUUAAAUUCGAAUGGGUAAUUUACCGUUUUUUUCUGAAAAAGUUUAUUAAAAUUAGAUUAUUGAUAAAGAUUAAAUGACUAUAUUAAACAUUGAACCAUUAUUCCAUUAUUUAUAAGCAUUUAAAGUUUUGAUAAAAUAUGUAGAAAAGAUAAUGAAAUUAUUAAAGCACUACUGUGUAUUGUUCCUAUACAUACUUCUUUUUAAACAUAAAAUCAAUCAAAAGUAAUUAGUUCAAAAUUAUCAACUAAAUCAAUAUGUAUAUUAUGUAUCAGCAUUUAUAAAAGUAUUUGAUAAGUCCUAUACAUAUGUAUACAAAUGGAAAUAAAUAGAUUUCGAGUUUAGAUUAUAAUAAGGUGAACUAAAAAUCUAUAUAAUACACAUUUUUGUUUUCAAAUUAAUAUUUUAUUAAGAUGACGGUUUGAAAAAAAAAAUCACGCCCAUAUUAUAAACACUUGUUUGAACUAAAUAAUUAUAGUAUUAUCAUAUGGUAUACCUAUCUAAUUAACUAUAGGUACCUGCUUAUUAUACUACUCGUAAAAUAAUAUGACGUAUAGAUUCUAUUUUUCAUUAUAGAACAUAAUUUAUACAGAGUGAUCAAUUUAACGUAAGGCAGUCGUUAUUUCGAAAAGUAUUAACUUUUUUUGGAAUUCGUAUUUUUGGAAAAUUCUAGAAACCAACCACAUUAAAAUUUUACAAUUUUUCGUCCCCUUAUUUUUGGAAUUGAAACUACAAGGAAGGUAGGAAGCUACUUUUGAUUUUCAAACAACAAUAUCUAUAUUGACAAUUGAGGGAAAAGAUAAAGUUUUAGUUUAAAUUGUUAAUUUUCAUCAACAUCCGCUGACAAAAUAUUUCACUUUUAAGGUUGUUAUUUUGGUGGUAGAGUGUGUUUAUUAUAGUGGAGCAUAAUAUAUAUGUAACAGCGCGGCAAGCGGUCGUUUAAAUAGUAUUUUUCACGAAAAUGUAUUCUAUAAGGAGUUAAGUAAUUAAUUAUUAUUUACAAAAAUAUAAUUUUUUAGUUAUAUUUACUCUGCAUACUACCUUUUUUUGUUUACUAAUAUUCGCUGUAACCCCGCGGCUCCCGAAAGCUUAGCUGACAUUAAGUUUCUAUGUGUACACUUUCUGAUUUAUGAAUUCCUAAAACGUUAAAUCUGUGACAUAAGAAUUGAAAACAAAAUUAUAUUGUCUUUUUACAAUGAUAUACGUAUAUUUCUACAUUACAGUAUAUGUAAUUUUGCGAAAACCACAUAAGAAUUACUCGAAAUAAUCGGAUUCGAUUAUAGUGAGACGAAAGAAAUGUGAUUAUAGGACAUACACUCAGGCAUCCAGAAAAACAGUAUAACAAACAAUAGAAGGCCGAUGGAAGGAAAAAUACCACCAGGACGGCCUCGCAAUUCGUUCAUUGGACGAUCAAGAAAGAUGCGGGAGCCGGAUGCAUAAAAAACUAAAACAAAUAGAGAAUAACCGUUUGGAACUGAAAAAAAGAGCUGUUAACCAUCCUAUGAAAUAAAAAACAAAAAUAAUUGUAUUACAAUAUUGUCCAAUUUUCCCAAAAAAAUAGACUGUUUACGAUGUAUUGUGUGUCUAAUAUAAUACUUUUUUUUCGAACAUUUCUAGCUUCUCUUUUUGCACCAAAUGAACUUAAAUUCGGGAUUUUAAAUAUUUUUUUUUAGGUAAAUUUAAGUGAUUAAAGUUGGGUUAAAUUUAAAUAUAAAUUGUACAGUGUUGUUUUGGAUAUAGGAUAAUAUUUUUCAGCUCCCCAAAAUAAAAUCAAGGAAAAUGAAAUUAUAUAUAUACGUGGCGUUAGUAGCAUUAAUUGCUUUAGCACAAACUUAUUGGCCCGUAACACGCUAUUAUCAACAGUCAAUAAUUUAUUAGAUUGACUAAUGUAUAUAUGAUAUCAUAUAUAUAUAGGGUGUCUCACGAAGAUAUUACCCAUUGUAAUAUCUCUAGAGAUAAUAAAGAUAGUUAAUAAUUUUGUUGUUUUUUUUUUUUAUUACUCACAGGGAAAAGGACUACAAAUAUUUAUAUUUCAAUUGAUUUUUUUAUGGUUUAGUAAAUAAAAAAUGAAAAAAUAACUUUAUUUCGUUUUUAACGAAAUAUUUUAAGAGUUUUUUUUUUGAAUAACUGUUAUAUAGAGUUUAUUCUUCUGAACAUUUUGACGUUUCAACUUUUUAUUUUCAAUAAACUCGUGAUUUUUAAUAAUUUUAUAAAGUUCAGAGAAAACAUAAAAAAAUAAUUGAAAUAUAAUUAAUAUUUGUAGUCCUUAACCCUGUGAGUAAUAUAUAUAUAUAAAAAAAAACAACACGAUUUGAUUAUCUUUAUUAUCUCUGGAGAUAUUACAAUGGAUAUAUUAUCUUCGUGGGACACUCUGUAUAUAGUAUAGAUAUUAUAUUAUAGUCUGCGCAUAGGUUAGACCGUUAGGUACACACAAAUAUACGUACAGGCAUCAUAUAAAAUUGUAUUCGUCUUUACACGGGAUUAUCUAUAGACAUUCUAAACUGGUUGACGUUCCUGUCGUAAAAGUUUUACUAUGCAACUAUAAUCUAUCUAUGUAUAAACUAAUAUAUUAUUAUUUUUUACCAAACUUUAUAGAGAUAUCACCUUCUUAUAUGAUAAUUAGGUAACGCAAACCAAUUAAUUGUAGGUAUACGCUGCUAUAAUUAUAUAUAGUGUUGUAACGUCGUAACUGAAAAUAAAUACAUUUAGAAAUUUUACCAGUUUACCUCACAACUGUGAACAACAAGGUUUUAUCACUUUAUAGUUGAUCACCCCCCCCCUCACCAUUAGCUUGAAUAAAAGAAAUAUUUUUUGCAAAAUAAUAAACAGCCAAAUACUUAAUAAUACUAUAUAAUAUAUACGAGUAUAUACUACAAAUUUUGUACAAUAAUUACACUACUUAAUAAAAAAUUGCGAAAUUUAAUCAUAAAAAUAGUUAAGAUGGGGAUGGAAAGUUGAAACACAGGUUGUUUCACAACAAAGUUGUUCACAGGAAAAAAAAAAUAAUAAUAAAUAAACAUCAUUGUAAAACCAAUACAUUCCUCGCUCUGCUCAGAAUCUAAAAAACGUAUGUACUUGAUCCUAACAACAUCCCGGUUUAAUUUAGAUAUUUGAUUAUAUAGGCGUUUAAUGGGACAUCAACCACCCAGUGAUUGCGUAAUGCGUAUAAUGUACAAUGUAUAUAAGUCAUUUUAAUGAAAUUGAAUUCAAAAAAUGUAUAAUAAUAUUCAAGUAAAAAAAACAAGUUGCCCCGUGCCACAAACAUAGUAAUUUUUAUAAUGCAAUAAUUGAAUGAACUAAAAAGUAAAAAAAACAAAACAAAACUAGACAACGUCGUUUUUAUUUACUCGACAUAUCACUAUACUACGAAAAGAGUUAUGGGCAUUUUGUGAAAAACGUAAAAUUAUCCGAUUUCAAAACAAUAAUAAUAAAUACAACUUAGCACAGCGCAAUUUCCGCAACGGUUAUGAUGAAAAUUUGUCAAUUUCUUAAUAUAUUAAGAAUGAAAUGUAAGCCGGAACGCGAAGUAAGUUUUACAAAUAAUAACUUUACGGACGUUCCACCUUCCACGAAGUAACGAGUCAGGAAAUAAAUAUUUGAAAUGUUUCGGUAAAAAUUCUAGAGAAAAACGGGAUGAUUGAUUAAUUUGGACGUUCGGGGAAAGCGUACACCCCAUUUUCACUUGUAAAAUGUGUGUGUAUAUUAACUUAAUGUAAAUAUUGCCCCCUACCCAACAGUGGUGGGGGUUACUGUGACUUUCAACAUCUGCCCAUUAAAGUCUAUGUACUUUACUGUACAUCAACUAAAAUCGCGUAACAAUGUCGUAGACGUUUCCGCGAAGUCGAACGGACGGGGGGAUUUCUUUUCAAAGAUUUUUCCGCGUCCACGCAGUAAAGUCAGCGAGCGAGGCUUCGCUUACCUUGUGUCCGCAAGAAAAAAAAAAUGAUCGGUAAACGGAUUGCAUUGGUAUAUAGUAAUUUAUGUUAACGAAAUAUUAGUUGUUUAUUUUUUGUUGGAUUUAUCGCCGACUGGGUGGCCGGACGGGGGGAGGUCCGUAUGUUAAAAAGAACGUUUGGCCGGUCUGAUGGUAUGGGGAUUUGUUUGUUAUUAUUAUAUUUUUUUUUUUUUCCUGUCAAAGGAACCGGGGAAGCGGAUAUUCGGUAGAAAAAAAAAAACAAACGCGGUGUGUAAUAAGUUUUUUAAUGCGUGCGCGCGGUUAUUGAACAAUGCCUACGUCGCCUGACGACGAUGGUGUGAUGAUAAUAAUAAUAACAUCUUAUACGGGAAUAAUAUUAUUGUUGUACGCCUAGUAUAAUAGAGCAUAAUGGCUCGGCGGCUAGGGGUACUACUGACAAAACUGCCGCGGCCGUCGCCGCCGCAAUACACCCAUGUGCGAACAGUACACACCAAGUAGUAUAAUAAUAUUAUACGAGUAGGUAGUUAUUAUAUACAUACAAAUAUAUACGCGUGCGUAAUUGUGUGUGUGUGUGUGUAUAUAUAUAUAUAUAUAUAUAUAUAAAUACGUAUAUUAUAUUAUACAGUGUGUACCUAUAUUAUACGUAUACGGAGCGGCGAGCGCACAAUCGGUCUUCGGCGUAACCGUGUAUAAUAUUCCGGGGGCGGCGGCGGCGACGACGGCAAACGCGUUUUGAAAAUAAAACAACGUGUACAGUGUACGCUACAACGGCGCAACAACAAUAAUCAUAAUAAUAUAAUAAUAACCGUACACACACACACACACACACUAUACAAUAUAUAUAUAUAUAUAUAUAUAUAUAUACACGAUAUUAUAUACUCUACUACUAUUACGGCGGCGGCUGCAGCGGCGACGGCCGCGGUGGUGCCCGGUAGCGCGGUGUCGGUUCUCUCUGCCGCCGCCGCCGCCGCCGCCCGCCGAACGCAUUACAAAUAUGUACGGAAUGCGGUCUCGCUCGCGCGCGCGCGCACGGUACAGGUACGCAAUCCGCCGCCGCCCCCACCGCAGACGGUAUAUAAUGUUGUAUAGGUGUGCGGUGAAAAAAUACGGAGUAAAAGAAGAUUGAAGAAGUAGAAGAAUUUCAGAGUCGCGUAUAUUAUAUAGUAGGCAGUCGUCUUGAAGAGGGAAAAAAAAAAAUGUGAACGCCGUCGUCGUCGUCGCGACGACGACGACUGAUCUGUCGGGCGGGCGGUGUGGGGAAAUCUGUAUUAUCAUUAUUAUUAUUAUUAUUAUUAUUAUUAUACAAGAGCGCACACAACGCAAUCGGCGCUUGAGGUGGUCGUCCGCCACCACAGUCGCAGCCGCCGAUUGUUGGUACGUCGCGUCAUUGUCGUCCGCGCGCCAGUGUCUCUCCUGCGUUUAAUGUAUUCGUUUUAUACGACUAUACUGCUGCGGAAUAAUUGCUUAUUUUUUUUUUAUUAUUUUAAAGUCGGGUGCGUUUACGAAAAAAUUAUUUCGUGAGGAACGGGGGGGGGGGGGCUGCGGGUUAAGGUUGUACGCUUCCAUACUCUUGUAACAAUGAAGUUUACAUACUUUUGACUGUAGGAUUAAUCAGUUUUCAUUAAUCGUCAUAGACGUCAAUAUAUUUUUAUAACGUUUUUUUUUUUGCCUCAUAUAGGUUAGGUUAGGUUAGGUACCUACUAAUAAUACUAAAUUUUACAUUUAAUGUUUUUUCAGUGAAUACAGCCUAAACGUAAUUCAUAUUAUUGUGACGAUAAUGCGCGGACUAUAUGCAAUUUCGCCGUACCAGUUAGAAUUUUUGUCACAAACAGUAAAACCACAAAAAAUUAGAAAUUACAAUAAUAACAAUAUAAUAUACCUACUGGCUACUACUUAUAGUUAUAAAAUUAAAAUAAAACCGAAAUUGUAUUUAUCUUCCUUGUUUACAGGAACCGCUUUUGAGACUCUAUUAAAAAUCUACUUUCAUCGUAAUUUUUAUCAAAUUUGAGGGGGUGGGGGUAAACGCCUAACCCACCCUCCCUUGUACACGCGCCUGAUUAUAGUAUCGUAAUUAUUAUACGAACCGUCCGCGAUCGUCUAUUGUACGAAGAUUUCGAGUAAAAUAAUUGAUUUCGGGUUUUUUUCGGACGUUUUCGGAGUAUUGUAGAGCCGGUUAAUAAUAUAUUAUAUUAUUAUUAUUAUUAUUAGUUUUAAAUUUUCUCGAAACUAAUACUUACGAGGACGCCACACCCGCAUUUACUGUGUCCGUCAUUCAAACGCGCGACGUGGCAAAUUUGCGUUCAGCAUGACACGUUUUGUGCAGUCGUCGGUUUUAAAAUUAAAACAAAUCGACUUUUAUUGCCGAUCUUAAAGGUGAGAAGAUUACAAUAUGUGCCCUGGCGUUGAUGUUUUUUCGAUAAUUUUAUUUUUAAGCGAGAUAUAAUCAUUUUUAAAUUGUAAUAUUUUGCAUACUCGUCUCUCGCUUGAAAAUAAAAAUACCGUAAAAACAUCAACGCACAUUGGACAUAGGGUACCUUUGAUUUUGGUAUUAAGUCAAUUUGCUUUAAUAUUGAAACUAAUGGCACAAAAUGCGUCUUGAACAUUCAAAUUUACUAUGUCUCGCGUUUGUAAGACGGAGACAGUAGGCGUUGGUGUGGCGUUCUCUUAAUAGCAAGUAAUAUACUAAUAAUAAUAUUAUGCACUACGUUUGACCUUUAUUUCAAUCAAAAACUCUAGAGACAGAGGUUACGGGAAUCUGUGUAGACAACUCAGACGUGUGUAAAUAAGUAAAAUGUGCAUAAUUCUUGUUGUUUUUUUUUAAUUACUAUUGAAAUGUUAAUAUUAAUAAAAAUAUAAAAUUAUUAUAUUUUAACAAUUACACGGGAUAAAAAUGAUAUACAUAAAAAAAAAUAAAAAAAAAAAAAAAAAGUGAGUAAAGCCCUUAGUCGUUAAAUUUUAGGACAAGAUUGGGGAAUGUAAUAAAUAAUAUAUAGAAUUGUAUAAUACAAUAGUACUAAUGAAAAUAUAUAAUUAUAUUGUUCUAAAUUGGAACUUCUAAUAAAAUAAAAUGUAUUGUAUUUAGUAAAGCCUACCAUGUUAUAAUAGUAUAGUUUUAGAAUCUGAAACUUAUUAAAAAAACGCACGUUCUUAAACUCGCAUUCAGGAAGCCAGUAAUUCCCUAGAAGUGUUGAUACGCAUCACAUUACAUCAUUAUUUCAUUAUUAGAUAUAUCUGAGUAUAUGCGUUUAUGAGUUAUAAUAAUGUUAUGUUUAGACAAAAUUCCUUUCCUAAAAUUCCGCAACUUAAAAUGUAAACUGUUAUCAGACAUAAAAGGUAUAGGUAUCUAUAUCCACAGAUAUGCAUAUCAACAUUUUCAGAAAAGUACCAAGGAGACUGGGUUUCUUUUCGACACCGAUUUUAGAAAUAUUGGUCACUAUUUGAAAAUGGAGUCUAUAAAUGUGUAUGGUGUUUGCGAAACAUGUAGGUACUACCUGUUUAUAUUAUAUAAAUGCUGAAAAUAUAGUAAAGAGUAAGAUCGUCUAAUAGAGAAUUACUAUAAUCAAAAUAACUCAGAAUCAUCAUCAGACAAUCGUUGUUGAAGAUUUAUGAUAAAAUAAUCACCCAGUAUAAUAAUAAUACUAUGUAAAUAAUCUCGUAUUAUUUGUGGAAAAAAAGAACUGAUACUGCUGAUUGGUGUACCAUUGUUGUAGAUAGGAAGUUGAGAAGGUAAGAUGCAUAAAGAAAUAAAGUUAUUUAUUUAUAUCUGUAUGCAACGAUAAAUUAUUCCUGACGAAAUACAAUUCCAAGCAAGUCAGAUUAAACAUGUUUUUAAAAUGCCGCAAUUUUUGCAGUUUUCAUCCAAAUUUGAACUUAAAAUUUUAUAAAAAAAAAAAAAAACCCCAUCAGCAGUAUAUCAAUUGUUAUUUUCAAAUUCAAAUUUACUUUUAUUCAGAAAAUUCAGAAACGUAUUGGUACUUAUAGUUCAUUUAUCAAAAAACCUGAACGUGUGUACAUUUUCUCGUUUAAAACAAAAUCCAUCAUAAUCACUUCAAUAUGGAAAUGUAGGUUUAGUUCCUAAAUAUGCUAAAUAAUAAAUAAACUAGUAUAAUAAAUUACUAAUACCAAUGCACAUUAUAAUCAAUAAUAAUAGCUAUAGACAUUUUAAUUCAGUGAUAAUUUUAGAGCACAGGCACAUUGAGUAAUUACAUUACUUUCAUAAAUUAAAAAUUGAUUAUUUUUUGAGCAUAGGCACAUUUUAUAUAAUACGGCACAAUUUUCAAAUGUAAUAUCUUCAUCUUUGAUAAAAUCCUAAAUACGUUAUUAUAGUAGACAUCACAGCUACCACGGUUGGUUGUCCUAAGUAGAUACAUAUUGUUCUCGAGUGUUUUUUUAUUCUAUCGGUUCUUUAUAUUAAAUUCGUAUACAGCGCAUCGAUUCCGUAAUCUCAGACAUGGGUUUCCAAUAAAAAUGUUUAACUUAUGUUUAUUUUAUAUUACCUGCAUAAUAUAUAAUAUUUUAUAGAUAAAAACCGACCUCGAAGCAACGGAAGACAUAAAAAUAAUAAUAUGCAAUAUGCCCAUCCUAAAAGGUGGGUGUAAGAAUGAAAAAACAAUAAAAUGUACGUUUGUUUUUUUAAUUAUUUGCAAUAUACCUAUAAUAAUAUGGCAGACAACAUAUUUUACUUUUACAUUAUAAUACGGCUGGGUCAAUCUGCUAUUGUUAUUUGAUUUCGAAUUUCGAUUGUUUUGGGUAAAAUUUAUCGACCGUUUGACUGUCAACACAAAUAAUAAUUAGGAUUUGAAGUUUUACUACACAUGUGUUAAACAAACCACCAAGUAUUUUAAUCAAAAGGAUUUUGAAUGAUCCGAUAUCAAAAUAUUGCUGAUAGAUAAUCGGAUCACGCAAAAUAUAUAAAGGCCCCGAGGAAAGAAGAAUAGCGAAACCCUUAGAAGUACACAAAAUAGUGGGUAAUACAGAUUGAAUUUCUCGUUUAUAAAUAUUAUAAAAUGAUAUAAUAUUCAACAAGAAAAUUAUAAACCCAAGUCAUUAGUAUGCUCGUAUAGUACUUGUAUGAAUUGCAUUUUACAAAGUAGUUGAAUUAAUAUUGCAUUAAAUGUAAGGCUGAUCAAUUUAUUUAACCGGUUCUUCAUUUACCAAAAUACGAAAAUUUUGAUUUUUGUUUUAUAUUUUUACUCUUUAAUUCACUGAUAAUAAACAUGUUUAUUUAAUCGUAUUUAAUAUGUUCUAACCAAGAAUUUAAAAAAUCAGUACACAGAAAACUUGUAAAAUCUCGUGACACAUAAAAAUUGUUAAUCGUGAAAGAUGCAAUUUUUUCCAUAUGACAUUCUUCUGGACCGCCCAAAACCAGUUUCAACCCCCUUUUGCGUUAAUUAGUCAUAUUCGUCAUAAGUAUUAUCAGAAAAUCAGAUUAUACGAGAUUCAUAGUUUUGUUCAUUCUAGCGGAAAAUUGUUCAUUAUUUCAUUUGCUUAUCAUGAAUUUGUGCGUAGGUAUAUGUAUCCAACCAUAAUAUAGUAGUUAGGUAUAUUUGAUUCUGAGCAUAAUGCAGUAUGUUCCCACGUAGACCACACGUACGUUAAAAAUGACUUAAUUGCCUUUUAUACAUUCCUUUACGAAACGACAAAAAACAUUUAAUAGCGCAUGAUAUUAACAUCGAUUACAGACAACAAUCUGUGUAAGCGUGAACCAGUCUAGGUAGGUACUUAUAUACUAAAACAAUCCGUGACUUGAUUCUUAGAAACAGAGAGUAAUGCUAGUUUAGAAAGCGUUGUUACUUUCGAUUUUACCUUACAGUUACCCUUUUAAUUUCAUAUUAUCAUUACAACUUAACUAUUUGAUUUUUUCACAUACAACAUAAAUAUUGUCUCAUGUUCAUACAUAAUAUAUCGGUAUAUUUAUGUGUAGUAUAGUAAACCUAUAUUGUUUAAUAAUGUGAGACUUGUAAAAAUUUAAUUUCAUACAAUAUAUUAUAUGAAUAAAAUAUUAUGUUAUGAUAAACAAAUUAUUUUUAAAAAACAAUUUUAAUUGACAAUAUAUUUUUCUAUUUUCAGGCAGAAGGGUUGAACUCCAUUGUGGGAAAUGCGUUUAGAAUGGCGUAUGCUGCCCAAUUGGAGCUGGAAAGACGAUCGGUGACAAGCUCACCAAAAAUAAAUUUAAAUAAUACUUCAUGGGUAAAAUUAUAAACAAUUAUUUUACUAUGCUGUAGCGUAAAUAUAUGAUUGUUUUUAUAAUAACUUUACAGGUAAAGUCAAGUGAUAAAUUAAAUGUACAACGAAUCCAAAAUGGAUCUCCUUUAUCUCCUCGGAAGUCAAUUGAAACUCCAAAACCAACUCCUCCUGCAACCCUACCAGGUGUGCGUCCCUUUGACCAUAGCAAAGGUGUAGACCUCACACCAGGACAAUUUUCAACACCCACUAGUAGUGAUGAUAGUCCAGAUUUAAAUACGUACAAGCGUAUGCUAGAAAAACCACCUCUAAUUAAACGUCUAGCCAUGGGUCUAUCCGUUCACACUAACUGUUCUAAUGAAGACUGGUAUCCGCUAGUUUGUAGCUCCUCAGUAUCCAGUUCACCGUCUACCAAUAGUGACGAUUGUAGUACGCCCGAAUCUUCACAAGAAAAACUAAAAGACAACAGGUAAAUUGUAUCAAACUUUUCGCAAAUAUUUACAGUAGAUUAACAUCUUAAUGCUCUAAUAGAUUAACUCAAUGCAGUGUAAGAUCACCAGACUCACCGACAAGUAUCAAACUUAAGAAUAAUUUGAUUGCUAACGGUAUUGAUAAAACUCCAACUCCGCCGCCUUUACCAGAACGAUCGGACAGUCUUCUAGAUAAACCUGAAGAAUCUGAAUUAAAAAAAGCCCCAUGGUUUCAAGCCGGAAUUCCAAGGUAAUACAAAUUAUCGAUCUCAAAUUUGUUUUAAAUGCCUAUAUGAUAAUAUUUAAAUAUUCUUAUAAAACCUGACUUUAAUAAUUUUUUUUGUAUGUGUGUUUUUGAUAGAGAAAUAACAUUAGAAGUUCUGGGACAAGAGCCAGUUGGUGCUUUUAUGGUUCGUGAAAGUACUACCAAACCAGGAUGUUUUGCAUUGUCACUAAGAGUACCUCAAGAAUUUCAUCCUCUAGGAAUAGCUCAUUAUCUUAUACUCAGAACGAAUAAAGGGUUUAAAAUUAAGGUUUGAUUAAUAAAUGUCUAAGAAAACUGUUGUUUUGGCUAAAUUAUAAUUCAAAAUUAUUUCAACAGGGUUUUACAAAAGAAUUUACUACGUUGACUGCAUUGAUAACUCAUCAUUCAGUAAUGCCAGAACUACUACCUUGUCCCUUAUCUCUAAGCAGGUACAAUCCAACAUUUAUAAAAUCUGAUUCAAAUCAAGAUUUCGCAGAUAUUGAUGCGGAUCCAGAUUACAAUACACUUGCUGACUUCAGAAAAAUGAUGGCUGAUUUAAAUGUAUAA